AUGGCUUGUUUGGAUUCAUCUUCGGAAUCACGAAUAAUCUGGAAGUGGAAAUCAAAUGCUCAUCCAUGGUCAAAUGUUGAGCCUGAUACAUGGGAACAAUAUUCAGAUAUUGAAAAUUGCAUCAUUGAAAAUGCACAUAAAAAUAAUCAGAGUCAAGUUGAAUUGGAUCAUUGUUUGAUUGAUUUCAAUAAUCAAAUCCAAAUCAAUAAACAUAAUCUGAAUAAAAGAAGGCCCAUUAAGCGUGAAAGCUUGUUGAUGUCGGAUAAGCACAUUAGAGAACAACGAUUUACAAUGGAACAACCGAAACUUGAUUACAAGUCACUCAACAAAACAGAUCCAUUUCGUUCGUUUGUUCAGAAUGCAGGUUUUCGAUUGGAUUCAGAUGAUUCCAUUGAUAGUGAAUUGAUUGAAAAAGCUGCUUGUGGCAUUGAAGCAGAAGGUACUAAAUUAAAUAAAACGCUAGAAGCACAAAGCAUCGCAAAUGAAUUGAGACAUAUGAAACAUAAAAGUAAAAAUGAAAUUUUGGAAUGUUGUGUUAAAUUAUAUACGGCAGAAAGUUUUUUGUACAAAUUGAUUAACAAAAUCAUGAGAGAAGCUGAUAUGUGUAAAGGAAUGCUUUUACGUGAGGAAGAUCGAGAAUAUGGCAAAACACUAGGUCCAUUUUGUGGCCUAUUGGAGAAAUAUCUUUGUGAUAGUCCAAAGCAACAUGAUAUUACUGUUUAUCGAUGUGCUACAUUAACAAACGAAAUGGUUAAUGAUUAUAAGCAAAACAUUGGCCGAGAUGUUUGGUGGGAUGCAUUUACCAGUACAACAAAAAAUAAACAUAAAGCAUUUGAAUUCGGUGGCAAUACGUUGUUUGUAAUUUUUAUUCCUGGUGGAUUAGCUCACUCAGGUGUAGACAUUUCAUCGUUGUCGGUGUAUCCAAGCGAAGAAGAAAUUUUACUACAAUCAGCCAUAACGGUCUUCAUAAAAAAGGUUGAGUAUCAUCCGAAUAUUAACAAACAUAUUAUCAACUUAGAAGUUUACUCCUCCUGA